GCGCUGGGCUGAGGGGGCCAUGGCGGCAGGCGGCGGCUCGGUCUCGGCGAGGGCGCUCGCCCGCUCGGUGGCCCACAGGCUAAAAUAUUACAUUGACGUACAAAGAAAAGAACAUUCCUUUGAUUCGUCUGGCUUAAUCAGAGAUGAGACAGAGAGCUCCAGUUGGUAUGUGCAUGCCACACGUCUGGUUGAGUGGGAGCAUGGACGGCCGCUGGAGCACGAUUUUUCCGAGGUUAAACUGGAGGCAUCCCUGCGCAUGUACAUGGGCAGUGCUGAGGAAUAUCACCGAAAAGUGCAGGAAAGCCCAGGAAAGCGAAAGAUUUUGGAAAAGUUCAUAAAAGAGAAGGCACAGGAUUACGUACCUGACAGAAUGAAUGAGGGCAGAGCUAAGAGGACUCAAAGGCAAAAUAACUGGCAGAGCACCUCCAAUCUACACCGAAAUGCUACCCCGAGCAUGUCAGCGGAAGAAUUGCAAAGAAUAAUUUCAUCAGCUUCCAAACUUAUAGUGGCGGCUACAUCUGAAAUCUCUCCCAAAGUAUUAGGAACAACUCCAGAAAUCAUUUCAACUCAAAAGAGAAGCGCUACUAGGAGCUUUCCAAGUUUGGAUCGUGUCUGGAAAAAGGCUCCUUCUACACAAUCCCACCAUGAUGAGGCAGAGGGUAUACAGGAGGGUAAUGAAGAAUUCAGAACCGAACUUGAUCAAGAGACGCUACAAAAGAAUGUCGGGAAAAAACCAAAGGCCACUCAGAAAAGAAAGAAUGUGAAAUGUAGAGCAAAACCAAGUGAAAUGUCCUCAAAUGUUUCCCAUAACUCUUAUAAAUUGAAUAGGAUAUUCUCUACAAAGCGCCCUAAAUCCAGUGAUUCAUGUUUAGUGAAUGAAAGUUUCCCAAGCCCAUAUUCACCACCUGGGCAAAAUAAAGUAUUUCGGAAAGGUAUUCUUAAAAACAGUACGUCUCUGUCCUGCACCUCUUCAGAGACACUUGAAUACCAAAACAUAGCGCCAAACACUCGUUGGAAGUGCUAUCCACCCUCCCAUGCUGGACAGUCCUGCAAGCUGGUUGAAAUCAAAAGGAAAAAGUCACCUUGCACUCCCAUUGGGGUGGUUUCAAGAACAAAGAGUUCUAGAGCUAGCAAACCUUUGGCUAGACAACCAAUCUUGACCCCCAGGAAUACUCCAGAGGUAACAAGAAAUAACAGAGAAGUAUGUUGUGUGAAACAGAUGGCUGAAGUGAAGCAUGCCCAAAGUUCAAACGUCAGUGAAAAGUCUAGGGAGCCACACAAUUUCAAGAGGGUUUCUGGCUGUGCUAUACUUCAAGGGCAGGCUAAAGAAACGUGUGCCCAAGGUAACUGGAAAAGUAAGCUCUCAGGAAAGUCUCAAAUGAACUGGCCGAAAGAAACUGAAGGAGGGCUUGAUUCUGCAACAGAAAGGAACUCCAAUGGUCAUCGAGUCCAUUUCCAAGGGCUCCAGCAAUGGGACCAUCCCAGAAAGGCUGAAUGGAAGCACAGCUCAGAGAGCUGUAACUUGGAUAACUUAGGGCCUAAAGAAGCAACUCUGCCCAUAGCCUCUGUAGAUGAAUCCAGUGAGAUUCUGGCCUGUCUUCCAAAUGAUCAGGAUAAGGACCAUAUUAUUACGGUCACACAUGGAUCAUCUUUGGGGUAUCAGGUUUGCCAGGGAACUCAAGAUGCACCAAUUAUGAAUGAGAGUAUGAAUAUGGAUACCAGUGUGGGAAAUCAAGGCAUCAAAGGCCAUUCAGGGAAUCUUUUAAAUCAGUUACUGUCUUUGAAUGAAGUAGAUGACAAGGCUGUUGAUGAUCCUAUCAAUAAGAUGCAAAUAACCAACCUUAUUUUAAAUGAACCAUGGGACCAGCAAGUGGUAUAUAUCCCACCAGUGCUUCCAGGUGUUGGCGAAACCUCUGAAGAGGGAGAUGGUUCCUCAGCAUCCCCAGAGAGAAGCAGUCCUAUUUUUGGAAGAUUGGAAAAUGAAGCAUGUGAUGAGGAAUUUACCAUUUCUUCUGCUUCAAGCAGCUUGAGUGCUGAAUCAUUAACCAGCACAGAGAGCAGAAAUAUGAAUGCUGAUCUAAAGGAGAGGGAAGAUGUAGAUUCCAGCACCAAACUUCUAGUUGCAAAUGCGAUGCAAGAAAACAGCACCAUUCAACAAGAGAUGUUUGGUCAACACAGUGAAAGGCUAAGUUCUUCUGCUGAAGAGAAGAGAACCAACAAGGAUGGUGGACCAGAGGAUAGACGCGCCGCCACUCAUGUGGUUUAUUUUUCUCAUCUUCCCACAUCGUUUUAGUUCACAUUCCCAACCCAGAUCCUUCAAGGGAUUCAAUUCCAGCACCAACACUUCAGUUUGCUUCUUUCCUCCUAGAAGCUCCAUUAGAACCUCACAUCCGCUGCUGCCAUCUUACAACUUAACUUACAUUUGCUCAGGGCUUUUUUUCAGGGGGAACGCGGGGGAACGGAGUUCCGGCACCU